UGGUUCAUGCUGCUGUCGUAGGAUGUAACAUUUAUUUUAGUCUUCAAGAAAAAGACCCGACUGCUAUUUUGGUCGACACGUGGACAGUACUCACAAAAUACGUGCAACUAAUCCCUACAACAAGUUGUACAACCACGAAUGCCGAACAAUUAAACGACACACUAAUUAUGACAGGAUUAAGCUAUCGCUAACGAGAAGUCUUUUGACGUACAGUGUUUUAGCCUGGCAUAACGAGUACCACGUGACAAAAUGACUGUUUGUAUGCAUUGCCAAUAAGAUCACUCAUGCAGUGGUGGUCCAUGAUUUGUAGCAGCCCCAUGUAGUUGCGCGGUUGACUGCUACGUGUUCAUAAGAAAGCUAACAUAACUAGGAUGCAUUGAUCCGAGGAUUUCGCGUUGCAAAAGGAGAACACUGAAGUAUCAACUGAAACACCACUGCACAAUCCAGCACUGACGGUUAAACACAGCUCUGUCCGCCAUGACCAACUCAUCUGAUUUCCGAGAGUGGGGUAAAGAGAUGGUAGACUACAUUGCUGAUUACAUGGAUGGUGUAUCUGAGAGACCACCGUUAUCUAAAGUAAAGCCUGGAUACCUGAGGAGUUUGAUUCCUGACGAGGCACCACAGUACCCGGAUAAGUGGCAGGAUGUUAUGCAAGACAUUGAGCGAGUCAUCAUGCCAGGGGUAACUCAUUGGCAUUCACCGCACUUCCAUGCCUACUUUCCAACCGGUAAUUCGUAUGCUGCAAUACUGGCUGAUAUGUUAUCGGACGCCAUUGGAUGUAUCGGAUUCAGCUGGAUUAGCAGUCCAGCUUGCACAGAACUGGAGAUGGUAACACUAGACUGGCUAGGAAAGAUGCUUCAACUCCCCGAAUCAUUCCUUACAUGUACUGAAGGCAGCAAGGGUGGAGGAGUGAUUCAGGGAACAGCGAGUGAGAGUACAGCUAUGGCUUUACUUUCAGCUAAGAUGAAGACAAUAAAUAAGCGGCAUGAACUGGACCCAGACAAAGACCAAUAUGAAAUCAUGUCAAAGCUCGUCGCGUAUACAUCAGAAUAUGCCCAUUCUUCAGUAGAGAGAGCGUCAUUGAUCAGCUCAGUCAAGAUGCGCAAGCUUCCAACAGAUGCAAAGUUUGCGCUACGAGGGGACACACUGGCACAGGCUAUCAAAGAAGACAAGGCAAAUGGACUCAUUCCUGCAUUCGUUUGUGUAAAUCUUGGAACUACUACAUCGUGUGCCUUCGACAAUCUGACAGAAAUUGGUGCAAUAUGUGAACGUGAGAACAUCUGGUUACAUGUAGACGCUGCGUAUGCCGGGACGUCGUUUAUAUGUCCAGAGUUCCGGCCUUUGGCAGAAGGACUAGAGUUUGCUGAUUCUUUCAACUUCAAUCCACACAAGUGGAUGUUAGUCAACUUCGACUGUUCAGCUAUGUGGGUUCGCAAUCAGAUUGAUUUAGUGAGUGCUUUACAUGUAGAUGCAACGUACCUUAAGCACGAACAUCAAGAUGUAGUGGUAGAUUACAGGCAUUGGCAUAUCCCUCUGGGAAGGAGGUUCCGGUCUCUCAAGUUGUGGUUUGUCCUACGGCUGUUUGGUGUGACUAAACUCCAGGAGCACGUAAGGAAGCAAGUGAGUUUGGCUCGUGAGUUUGAGUCUUUUGUCAGGCAAGAUGACCGAUUUGAAAUCGUUGCAGACGUAGUGCUUGGGUUGGUGUGCUUCCGGCUUAAGGGGUCCGACACACUCAAUGAAGAGCUACUUGACAGGGUCACGAAGACCGGAAAAAUCUUCAUGGUUGGAAGUCACCUCAAUCAGCAAUUCAUCAUUCGAUUUGCUGUAUGUGCGGCCCAAACUAAGUCAGAAGAUAUACUAUAUGCCUGGAAUGCAAUCAAGGAGGAGGUAGAUGGGCUGCAAGUGAACAAUAACAAAUAAGGAACGAAUGGGAAUGUUCAACUAUCAGCCCUCAUACAUGUACCCCCCCCCCCCCCCCCUAGGUCCCACACCCUCACUAUCCCCCAAAUGUAGUAUUUUCCAAAAAAUUUAGAGGCACUGGACACUUUUGGUAGUUUCUCUUAUAAAUAACUGUUAGCGUAACAAUUUAUUUGGUAACGAGUAAUGGGGAGCUGUUGACAGUUUAAAACUUUGCGAUAAAAGGCUCCCUCUGGAGU